UCCUGAAUCUAUGAUGUAUAGAUCUGCAGAAGUCAGGAGAACGGUGAGAAAAUCUGAAAGCACUUUUUUUUUCUGACAGCAACUUCGAGGAAGUGUCCGAGGAGGAACGCCCGUCACCAACUUCCGGCACAAACUUGUAGCAGAGUUGAAGACUGAACAGGAAGCCCAAAGAGAGAGAGGCAUAGAAAGACACAAGAAACGAGAGAGAGAGACUGUUUGGGAGGAAGUGUGUGUGUGUGUGUGUGUGUGUGUGUGUGUGUGUGUGUGUGUGUGUGUGUGUGUGUGUGUGUGGGGAGACAUGACGGAGUUCUGGGUGUGCUUUAGUUGCUGCAUCGCCGAACAGCCUCAACCAAAGAGAAGAAGGCGGAUUGAUCGCUCGAUGAUCGGAGAGCCGACCAACUUUGUACACAUGACACACGUGGGAUCAGGAGAUAUGGGGAUGGGCCUCCCAGCGGUGAACUCGGUGCAGGCACAGAUGAAAUCUAAAGGCGGUUAUGGGAAUGGCACACCGGCGAGUGUGCAGUGAUCCACGUGGACACCAGUGUGUGUGACCUGCUGAACUGAAACAGUGAGGAAGAGGAACAACGCUGGAUUUAAACUUUUUUAAUUUUUUAUAUAUAUAUAUAUAUAUAUAUAGCUAUACACACACACACACACACACACACACACACACACACUGGAUCAGCGAGUCAGAGCACUGGUCUGUGAGACGCGUGUAUAUCUGCAUAAUCGCACUGUUAGACGCUUAAAGCUUUCUGAUCAGAGUUUAAACAUUCACACCCAUGCUCGCCACACCAACCAAUCAACAUCCGGCAUCCAUUAACCCUCCGCCCCUCCCCACCCCACCCCUCCCCUCCCCACCCCUCCCCUCCCCACCCCACCCCACCCCACCCCACCUCCCUCAUGGACGCUUUAUUUAUUUGGUGAUUUGUCUCGCAGGUUAAAUAUGGUGGCUGGGCCACUGCGCAUCACACACACACACACACACACACACGUUUAAAUGAUGAGUGAGCGUGAGCAGUAGCUUGAACACAGACACAAAUAGAGACGUAAAUAAUGAGCGUUUUUUUUUCAUGAUUUUAUAUCUUUUCAUAUAAAUUUAUGAAUAUAUAUAUAUAUAUAUUCCGUGGGAUGUGGAAUAUCAUUCUUUUAUUUUUUUAAAGCUUUUUAAAUGCGCCGUGUUGAAAUAAACUUGACAUGUGCAACCUCACUGUAAUGUCUUCCCACAGUGCUGUCCUUCGCCGUGUUAAACUGCGGGAGGAUUCUUGUACAGAUGUUUUCAUGCCCAAAUAAAUGAUGCCAAGCAGCAA